CUAAUAUUUUACGAAAGAAAAACCACAUGUUGGAGUGAGGUGAAUGUGAUUGAUUCCCAAUCCUGAAAACCCUAGCAUCCACUCUCACUUCACUCGAACAAAAACCAUGGUGAAGAAGCGAAAACUCCCAGCUAAAUCUUCUCAACCAGCAGAGGAACCCCCACUCAAGCAGCAUCAACCGGAGCCGGAGCUAGAACCGGAACCAUACAUCCCCGCCGAAGAAUACGAAGAAGUCGAAGAAGAAGUUGAGGAAGAAUACGAAGAAGUAGAGGAGGAAGAGGAGGAAGAAGAAGAAGAGGAGGAGGAGGAGGAAGAAGAAGAACAACCUCAAGGAGUCGAAUACCAAGACGAAGACGAAGAACCAAUCCAGAAGCUUCUAGAACCUUUCACUAAAGACCAGAUCGCGAGUCUUCUUUGCGAGGCGGCUUCUAAACACCGUGACGUGGCUGAUCGGAUCCGCAAAAUUGCCGAUGGAGACGCGGCGCACAGGAAAAUCUUCGUUCACGGUUUAGGAUGGGACACCACCUCCGCAACCCUAAUCAAUGCAUUUUCGCAAUACGGUGAAAUCGAAGACUGUAAAGCGGUUACUGACAAAGUUUCCGGUAAAUCCAAGGGUUACGGUUUCAUCCUCUUUAAGAAACGAAGCGGAGCGCGAAACGCGUUGAAGGAGCCUCAGAAGAAGAUCGGUAACCGUAUGACGGCGUGCCAGCUGGCAUCCAUAGGUCCCGUGCAGAAUUCUCUGCAACCUACGCCGCAGGUUACGCCGCAAACGUCUGAGUAUACGCAGAAGAAGAUCUAUAUCAGUAAUGUUGGCCCCGAUCUUGAUCCUCAGAAGCUUUUCACGUUUUUUUCGCGGUUUGGAGAGAUUGAGGAAGGGCCGUUAGGGCUUGACAAGGCAACGGGAAAACCGAAAGGGUUCUGUUUGUUUGUUUACAAGAGCGCUGAGAGUGCGAGGAGGGCGUUGGAGGAGCCUCAUAAGGAAUUCGAGGGACAUAUUUUGCACUGCCAGAAGGCAAUUGAUGGACCUAAGGUGGUGAAAACACAUCAUCAACAACAACAGCAACAACACGUGAAUUCAUUGAAUCCGUUGAAUCAUCUGAAUCAAUUGACUCAGAGGACGCAAUAUCAGAGAAAUGACAAUGCUGGAUUUGUUGUUGGUGGUGGUGGAAGUAGUGUUGCAGUUAGCCAACAAGGACAUUUAAUGGCGCCGGCAGGACAAGGACAGGCGGUUGGGUACAAUCAGGCUGCUACUGCCGCAGCAGCGCAGGGCCUGAACCCUGCGCUGACUCCGGCGCUUGGACAGGCUUUGACGGCCCUGCUAGCUUCUCAGGGUGCUACUUUGGGAUUGACUAAUUUGUUGGGGAGCCUUGGAACGAGUACUGCGGUUAAUCCAGGUGUUCCUACUGCGGGACACGGAGUUCAGAGUGGAUACAGUGCUCAGCCUGGUAUAAAUCCAAGUGUUAUGGGAGGAGCAUAUGGGAGUUCAGUGCCGCAGGUGCAAUAUCCGAACCAGCAGGUUGGACAGGGUGGUUCUGGAAGAGGGCAAUAUGGUGGUGCUGCACCUUACAUGGGGCACUAGGUGGGUCGCAGAUUCUACAUAAGUGCAUCAGUCUUUUAUUACUGGCCUGGUGAUUCUUCUGAAGUUUAAGGAGCUGAUGCAAUUGGCGUGUUUAUAAUGAAAUAUAAAUUAGUACAAUGAUCAGACUAUAAAAAUUAUCAAACCGAGUUCUGUUUUCGCCGCUUACUUUUUCAUCCUUUCUUCUGUUUCAAAAUAUUGUACUAUUUUGACUUUUAGUUUAUCUUUUAAAAAUCUAUGGAACUGAUUUUAGUAGUACUUUUAAGUUUGAACUAUUGUUUUAUCCGUACUAGAAUGAAUUUGAGAUGCUGAACAAAUUAUAUUUUCAAAUUUAUGUUUGUGUGAACCAGUGUGUAAGCUUGGUAUUCAAGAGCCGUUUGACAGUGUUUUAUAUAGUUAUUGAAUACCAUUUUCCCUUUUUUUAAUUAUUCAA